UGUUUUUCGGAUUUUUUUUUCAAUUUUUCACUGCUGUAGUGCUCGACAUCGUCUCAAGCUAAAUUUCUGCGAAAACUGUGAYAAAUUCUGACCGAUAAUUUGUCGAUCCAUCCGGUGUCCUUUGCCCCCAUCCCGCGGCGUACGAAUACGGCAUCGGUAUGUUUCAUGGCGGUCCGACCGUCUGCCAGUUUCAAAUAAUCCGUCGUGUCGUGCGCUCCGUGUAGUUGUCUGAGCCGCAUUUACAUUUUUUAUUUUUUUUUAUAUAAUUAUUAGUAAUAAUACAAUUUGAUUUGAUUUUUAAUCCGAACCGUUCGUGUGUUUAUAAAUAAAUAAAUAUAUUUUGUAUUAUUUCUGUUCCGUCGGCCGGCUGCGUAUUAUUGUUGUUCGUGUGCGAAAAAAAGUGCGUGCGAGACGGACGGUGAUCAUGUGUUCUAUCGAGUUCGGAUAAAUCUCAUAGGAUUUUUUUUUAAUUGUUAAUUUUUAAUUAUACCUCGUAUUGGUGCGCCGAUUACGACGUUAUUCGACAAGUGAUACGACGAACCAUGAGGAGAAGAAAUCCAGGCCGGACUUUCGUCGGUACGUGUUUACUAUUGGCGUUCUGGACGUUAGCUGCGGGACCCGAUGGAGCAUCAGGGUCUACCGGGAUCGUGUCAUGCUCGCCAAACCCAUGUCUUCACGGAGGUACUUGUUAUAUGAAAAAGACCGGAGAAUACGCUUGCAACUGUACUGGACUGUUCGUCGGACCUUACUGUCAAUGGAAAAAUCCCUGUCACACUGGACCAGUGCCCCGGUGCCAAAACUCCGGGACAUGCGCCGUCACGCAAGUGUCGCCUCACUCGCAGCCCGGAUUCUCGUGCCAGUGUCCGCUGGGAUUCACCGCGUCCCUAUGCGAGAUACCCAUAUCGAACGCGUGCGAUUCAAAACCAUGCCAAAACGGCGGCACGUGUUGGCUGCACAACAUCAAGGAACAUCGGUGCAACUGCGCCCCCGGGUUUACAGGACCUAAUUGUGAGUUGGAGGAUCAUUGCGCUUCGGGACCGUGCAAGAACGGAGCAGAAUGUACCUCUAAAGACGAUUCUUACGAGUGCACGUGCGCCCCAGGGUUCACGGGCACAACAUGUUCCGAAGACAUUGAGGAAUGUUCAACAACCGAACCCUGCGUGCACGGACAAUGCAUCAACACACAUGGAUCGUAUGCGUGUAUUUGCGAACCAGGUUACACGGGAAAAAACUGCGAGAUGGUAUACGUCCCGUGCGACCCGUCGCCGUGUAUGAACAACGGCAGGUGUAUGCAGAUCGACGAUCUCAAUUACGAGUGCAAGUGCAAGUCGGGUUUCCGUGGCAAAAACUGCGAAGAAAACAUCGACGAUUGUAUACCGCACGCCUGCUUGAACGGUGGUUCGUGCGUGGACGGCGUGAACAGUUACACGUGCUCGUGCCCGGCCCAGUGGACAGGCGAUUCGUGUGAGAUGGACGUGGACGAGUGCGCCAUGCGGCCCAGCGUCUGCCACAACGGUGCUACGUGUACCAAUUCGCUGGGAUCGUACAACUGCAUUUGCGUAAACGGCUGGACCGGWCAAGACUGUUCGGUGAACAUCGACGAUUGCGCCGGGGCCGCCUGUUUCAACGGCGCCACUUGCAUCGAUCGGGUUGGCAGCUUCCACUGCCAGUGCACGUACGGCAAGACCGGUCUCCUGUGCCACCUCGAUGACGCGUGCACAUCUAACCCGUGUCAUACCGAUGCCAUAUGUGACACAAGUCCGAUYAACGGUUCGUACACUUGUUCGUGUGCUUCCGGCUACAAAGGAAUCGAUUGUUCCGAAGACAUCAACGAAUGCGAACAAGGAUCACCUUGUGAACAUGACGGAGUUUGCGUCAACACUCCUGGAUCGUUCGCCUGCAAUUGCCCGCAGGGUUUCACAGGGCCACGGUGCGAGACCAACGUUAAUGAGUGCGACUCUCAUCCGUGCAAAAAUGAAGGAUCCUGCCUAGACGAUCCUGGAACUUUUCGAUGCGUUUGCAUGCCAGGGUUUACCGGCACGCAAUGUGAGGUUGACGUGGACGAGUGUGAAACGAACCCGUGCGAGAACGGCGGUGUUUGCACGGAUAUGAUCAAUGGGUACAAAUGCUCGUGUCCGGCAGGGUUUUCCGGGCCGCGUUGCCAGAUCAACAUCGAUGACUGCGUGAGCAGCCCUUGCAAGCACGGUGGCAUAUGUCAUGACUCGAUAGCUGGUUACCAGUGCGAAUGUUCRCCGGGCUUCACGGGUUUCAACUGCGAAAAUAACAUMAACGACUGCCUGUCGAACCCGUGCAAGCAUGGUGAAUGCAUCGACGGCCAGAACUCGUUCACGUGCUCCUGUCAUCCGGGUUACACGGGACUUCUGUGCCAGGACCAACUGGAUGAGUGUGCGUCCGCUCCUUGCCAACACGGUGGUACGUGUGAAGACCUAAUCAAUGGUUACCAGUGUCGUUGCCGAGCCGGCACAUCCGGCCCGAACUGCGAGGUCAACAUAAAUGAGUGCGUGUCUAACCCCUGUCGGAACGGAGCGAAGUGCAUCGACGGAAUCAAUAAGUAUUCUUGUGACUGUCUGCCUGGCUUCACUGGUUUGCAYUGCGAGAUGAACGUGGACGAAUGUGCUAGCAGUCCUUGCGCCAACGGUGGCACUUGCGUGGAUCUGGUUGCUGGUUGGCGUUGCGAGUGUCCUCGUGGUUACUAUGGGCCUCGGUGUUUGUCCGAUAUCGAYGAAUGUGCCAGCAACCCGUGUUCCCUGAAUGCAUUGCGCUGUGAGGACGGCCUCAACCAGUUUAUAUGCCACUGCAGGCCAGGUUACACUGGCAAACGUUGUGACAUUGAUAUCGACGAGUGCAGUUCGAACCCAUGUCAACACGGUGGAGUGUGCACAGACCGCGUAAAUGGUUACACGUGCCAAUGUAAGCCUGGGUAUUCUGGUCAUAACUGUGACGUAAACAUCGACGACUGUGCCAUUAAUCCUUGCAAAAACGGAGGGUCAUGCAUCGACUUGGUGAACGCUUACAAGUGUGUCUGUCAACUACCAUUCACUGGCUCAGAGUGCCAGAGCAGAUUGGACCCAUGUACGCCGAACAGGUGUCGCAACGGUGCUAAAUGUUCGCCUUCUAGCAACUUUUUAGAUUUUUCGUGUGAAUGUUCUAUUGGAUGGAAAGGYCGUUUGUGUAACGAAGACGUAGACGAGUGUGCAUUAACUGCACCUUGUCGCAACGGUGCCACUUGUCAGAACACUGACGGAUCGUAUAAAUGCGCCUGUGCUCCUGGAUUUCAGGGUCGUGAUUGUGUAAUUAACACCGACGAAUGCGCUUCUUCACCUUGCCAAAACGGAGCUACAUGUCUGGAUGGUAUUGGCGAUUAUACUUGUAUGUGUUCCGACGGGUUUUCUGGUCGUCACUGCGAAGUAGACAUCGAUGAAUGUCUAUCUCAACCUUGUUUGAAUGGAGCCACUUGUAAACAAUAUGUGAAUUCGUAUACUUGCACGUGUCCUGUUGGAUUUUCUGGCAUGCACUGUCUAACUAACGAUCAGGAUUGUACUGAUUCAUCCUGUAUGAAUGGUGCCACUUGCGUCGAUGGUAUUAAUAACUACACUUGUAUAUGUCCGACAGGGUAUACUGGAUUAAAUUGUCAAACUAGAAUAAAUGAAUGUGAUUCGUCACCUUGCGAGAAUAGCGGCACAUGUCUCGAUCAUGGAAAGUAUUAUACAUGUCAUUGUGCGUAUGGUUAUACGGGUAAAAACUGCGAAUCGUUGGUAGACUGGUGCAGUGGUGGUGGAGGCAUACCACAGCCCUGUGAAAAUGGAGCAACAUGUAAACAAAUUCAGAACUUAUACCAGUGCGUUUGCCAACCUGGUUGGACGGGCAAAGUAUGUGACGUAGAGAUGGUGUCCUGUAACGAUGCAUCUUUGCGUAAAGGUGUUCGACGGGAUGCUCUAUGUCAUAAUGGUGGUGUUUGUGAAGACAUUGGCAAUAGUCAUAGGUGCCAUUGCGCCGAUGGUUAUUCCGGUAGCUAUUGUACGAAAGAAAUCAAUGAAUGUGAUUCAGCACCUUGCCAAAAUGGAGCAACGUGUAGAGAUUUAGUUGCGGGAUACKCUUGCCAGUGUCCACGUGGCUUCCAGGGCCAAAAUUGCGAACUCAAYGUCGACGACUGUCAUCCCAACCCAUGUCAAAACGGUGGAACAUGUCGUGAUUUAAUCAAUAGCUUUAGUUGUUCAUGUCCACCAGGUACACUGGGUAUUAUUUGUGACAUAAACAUUGAUGACUGUUCACCUGAAGCUUGUCAUAAUAACGGUACUUGUAUUGAUCGAGUUGGAGGAUUUGAUUGUCGUUGCCCAGCUGGAUUUGUCGGUCACAGAUGUGAAGGAGACAUAAAUGAAUGUUUAUCAAACCCUUGCGAUCCAUAUGGAACAUUGGACUGCGUUCAAUUAGUUAACAAUUUCCACUGCAACUGUCGUGCUGGAUAUAUGGGAAGACAUUGUGAAACUAAAGUUAACUUCUGCGAGAGCAGUCCAUGCCAAAAUGGUGGUGUAUGUUCUCAAGUGGAAGGCGGUCAUACGUGCGUAUGUCCAAAAGAGUUUUCUGGAAGGAAUUGUGAAUUCUUUGGUGUAGAUUGUGACUCAAGUCCUUGCCAGGGCGAUGGUGUAUGUCACUCACUAGAACAUGGAGGAUAUCAAUGUGAAUGUCCUCCAGGCACGGCAGGUAUUCACUGUGAAGUCGAUAGUUACAAUGAAUGUGAAAGUAAUCCGUGCGAGCAUGAUGGUACUUGUCAAAAUAAACUUGGGGACUACGCGUGYUUCUGUCCAACAUACUGGUCAGGAAAAAAUUGUAAUAUUUAUGAUUCCAAGUUUAAAGGAGGUCUAGGAAAAUUCCCAUCUAAAGGCAUUAUGACAAAAAAGGAUUACGAUUGGGAACGAGAGCUGGCUGCUUGUGUAACUAACGGAUGUGCUGCUAAGUCUCAAGAUAACAGAUGCCAUCAAGAAUGUAACACAGCUGCCUGUGACUUYGAUGGUGGUGAUUGCUCUCUUGGAUUGAACCCUUGGAGGAAUUGUACUACAACCAAAAACUGCUGGCAAGUUUUUGCUGAUGGACGCUGUGACGUGGAGUGUAAUACACCUGAAUGUUUGUACGACGGUAGAGAUUGUGAAAGAACUCUAAUGCCUUGCAAUCCGAUCUAUGACGCAUAUUGUCAAAGUCAUUAUGCUAAUGGACAUUGUGAUUAUGGAUGUAAUAAUGCUGAAUGUAAUUGGGAUGGUUUGGAUUGUGAAAGAGAACCACCUAAAAUCGCUGAAGGUGCGAUGCGUCUUAUUUUACGAAUGGACUAUCAUCAACUUUUGUCUAAUUUAACUUCUUUCUUGCGAGAGGUUGGUCGAGAGUUACGAGCUACAGUCCGAGUGAAACAAGAUGAAUUGACUGGGAAACAAAUGAUCUUCCCUGCGGAAAGUCCUCCUGGAGCUGUCGUGGUUUACUUAGAAAUAGAUAAUAGGAAAUGUGAGAUAACUAGAGAUGUUGAAUGUUUCUCGAGUGGUACAGGGGCUGCUGGAUUUUUGGCCGCUUCAGCMGCUAGUCAUGCGCUAUCGACAUCGUUUCCUAUUUACAGGGCAGAAGGUGUCGGUCCCGGAAGUCAAAUUCCAAUUGAACAACCUAGAAGUAGUACAGCGUUAGUGUUGACUGGCAUGUUCUUGAUACUAGUAGUUGGCCUAAGUCUUGGAGUUUUGAUAUCUACACAUCGCAAGAAAGCGAAUGGUAUAACGUGGUUCCCAGAAGGAUUCUUAAGGACUGGCAGUAACAGCAGUAGAACAAGUACACAAAGAAGAGUACCUGAUGGACAAGAACUCCGAACGAUGAAACAGAACAACAUGACGUUGAGCUGUAUGGACAUGAAUAGUGGUGUAAUGACUAUGGGAAGGGGUGCUGGUGCUUGGUCAGACGAAGACGCCGAGGGCGAUAUGCCACCAGCAAAACGACAUAGACCAGCUCCAAUAUUAUCACAACCUUUAGAUAACCCUUACGAUGAUGUUUGGAGUCACUGUACUUUAAAUUCUAACGAUAAUAAGGCAACUGUCAUGUACACACCUCCAUCUAGAGAAACCGAAGUUAAUGAAAGACUCCCUGGUGGGUUGACAAGACUGAUGGAUGUGACAGUAGCUGGUGGUGCUGGACUAGACACAAGCAUUGAUAAUGAAGAUGAAGGAGAACAAGAUGCUACAACCAACAUGAUAUCAGAGUUAGUUUCACAGGGUGCAGAGUUGAACGCUACGCUUGAUAAGACUGGUGAAACUUCGUUGCAUUUAGCCGCAAGAUAUGCCAGAGCAGAUGCAGCCAAACGCUUGUUGGAUAUGGGUGCGGACGUUAACUUUCAAGACCACACUGGCCGGACACCAUUGCAUGCAGCUGUAGCCGCUGACGCAAUGGGUGCUUUCCAAAUAUUACUGAGAAACCGGUCGACAAAUUUAAAUGCGAGGAUGCACGAUGGAACGACACCGUUAAUUUUAGCAGCCAGAUUGGCCAUUGAAGGAAUGGUAGAAGACCUGAUUCAUGCUGACGCCGAUAUAAACAUACCAGAUAACAGUGGAAAAACGGCGUUGCAUUGGGCKGCAUCGGUCAACAAUGUAGAUGCAGUCAACAUUUUGCUUGCCAACAACGCCAACAAAGAUGCUCAAGACGACAAGGAUGAAACUCCGUUGUUCCUGGCGGCCAGAGAAGGCAGUUUUGAAGCAUGCAAAGCGCUUCUGGAUAAUUUUGCGAACCGGGAGAUCGCUGACCAUAUGGAACGGUUACCUAGGGACGUGGCCAGCGAACGGUUACACCACGACAUUGUUAGACUGUUGGACUCGCACGUUGCUCACCCUAAUKCCCAGACAAUGGUGCCUGUCAACAACAACUUUAUGAACUCGCAGCAUAUGAUGUCCGCCCAUUCAAACAUAAACAUACCCGGCAUGAAGUUGAGCAAUGGAGGCAGUGGURGUGGCUCGACAAAGGGCAAGAAGAGAUCGAAACCAUCGAAUCCGACGAGUCCUGCUGACUCAAUGGACUCGAACCUUUCGUUGAAGCGAAAGGGUAGCGUCAAAAAACCACCUCCCCUGCCACCAACUUCAGCCAUGUCAUCCUCUGCGGCGGCACCUAGCAACAAAAAACCAUUCGGGUUAGACGUGACGUGUGCCAGUGGUCCCAAUAACAUGGACCUGAUGGCAUUGGACGUGUCCAGGCUAUAUGGCGGUGGUGGCGGUGGUUUACCACAACAGCCACCUGCCUAUGAGGAAUGCCUGUCGCAGUUGCCAUCCGCGUCACAGAGACCAAUGGCCAACUACGGUGCGGCCAUGCACCACCAACAGCAUCAGCAGCAACAACAACAACAACAACAGCAGCAGCAGCAGCAACAACAGCAGCAGCAGCAACCCGACUACCGAGUCAUUCAUCAGCAGAUGAUGGGAAUGCAGACGUCGUUCCAGGAACCGUCGCCGCCGCACAGUGUAGUAAUGUCGCCGUCGCCAGGCAAGACACGACCAUCGCUUCCCACGUCACCCACACACAUGCAAGCGCUUCGACAUGCCACCAUGCAGGCAGUGGACCCGUUCAGCCAGUUCCAUCAUUUCUACGGCAGCGUUCAGCAGACGCCCCAAUCGCUGCAGCUUCCCCAAUCGCAGCAUGUGCAGCAGUACCUGACACCCCCAUCGGAUGCGGCACCCGAGAGUUUCCCGACGCCGUCACCCGAUUCUCCGUGGCAUUGGUCCUCGUCCUCGCCCAAUUCUAACUCAGACUGGUCAGAAGGCAUAUCGUCGCCGCCCAACAAUAACAACAACAAUAACGGUCACCCGAACAAAGUGUCUGAUGCCGUUUACAUUUAAAACAAGUUAUGGGCGUGUCCAAGUCUUCAUCCUUGUGCGUCUGUCACCUAUCGKCACAGAGGUCCGAGCGAGUAAAUAUAACGUUGUUAUUGUCAUUUUACCUUGCGUUUGUCGUUUCGGUGCCAUCGUCGACAGUAUCGGCGACCGUCGUCACCAAUACCAACCACAUUAGAUUACAAUUAUUAUUAUUUUUAUUUUAUUAUUUUUAUGUUUUGUGUUUAUAACCUACGAAUAUGUUGAAUCAUUUU